AAAGUAAUACGAAAAACGCUAUCAAAAGCUAUUAUAUUUUUUCGCAUUUUUUAUUCUUGUUUCGACAUUUUUUUAGGUGACAACGAAGCCAAGAACGGCAUUGGAAUCUUUUCACUGAUAAUUUUUUCCGUUGACUGAUUCUUCGGGGAUUUAUUCACCGCAACAUAUUAAUAUCGUGCUAAUUUAUGAUUCGCAACAAUAGAAAAGCAUCGCAUAUCGCAUUUGGCACAAACCGAGCGGAUGGUGAGCGUUGACGGACUGCAAUGUAAAUGAAACAAAAUUAACACGUAACAACAACAACUGAAGUCGGAAUAACGCGACGCGAGUCUCCCUUCGCGAUAUUGAAAAGCGACUACAGCUUUGGCCUACCUGAGAAAGGAAAAUGGAGAAUUUCCAAAAUCUAAAACCGACCGACACGUCCAAGUACAAUUUACGGUGUAACCGUAACAUCAGCGAAAAAAUGACCAAAAAAGAUUUCGUCUACGACAUACCGGCGCCGUUUCAACUCAUGAGAAAGGUAAACGAAAUACGCCGGCAGAUCGUCCUGCCAAUUCAGCUUCGCAGGAAACUUGGAUCAGAUUCAAAACCACCUCGUUACGCGGUAAUCCCGACCAAUGAGGGACUCGAAUUAAUCAAUGAAUCCGCCGAGCCUCACGCUGAUCAGAUUCCGGAGCGCAAGAUCCUGCGGUUCCAAUGUAAUUACUGCCAGGAGCGAUUGGCGACGCGACUGUCUUUGUCCACCCACGUCAAGUACCAUUGCGGCACCUACUGCACCACCUGUUUCUGGAUCCUGAAACCGGAGGAAACGAUGACGCAGCACUUCCAGAUAGCACAUCAGGUCCCAAUUCCCGUCCCAAAUCCGUCUGUCUCUGUUCCUCGCCGGUGAAUUUUCCCCCACCUUCAACGCAGUUCCCAGCACAUGUGGAAUAUCCUAACUUUAAGGAUGCUUUGUUCAGAGUGUUAUACGUGUUAAUUAUCUCGUACGAUAUUCCGGGCUUACUCUCAGAAUAAUUAUCCAUGAACCCUGAGUGUAACGUUGCCAACGUAACUACUCAUACGUGCAGAAAUUAAACACCCAGCCCAGGGCCGGUCUUGUUCACAACGCGUGCUGAUGCCACUCAUCCGCGUAUCAUGUAAAGUACCAUUGAAUACCUUUGAAGUCAACUUAACAAUCCCACUUGGAACACUCUGUAUAUAUAAGUUUAACCUUCGGCGAUUAGUUCAAAAUCACCGUUUCAUUAUUCCUAGUCGUUGUAUAUCCUUUACGCCGAAUCGAGUAGAAUAUAUAUGCAUGUAUAAAAAAUUGAUCACAGUGCGGUAAACAGAUCGUGAUAAUAAUUUGGUAACUAUUUGACUUUCCGCAUCGUAAACUCGGCACGUGAAUUAACCUUUAAGAGUUUAAAUGUUAGUUUGUAGGUAAGUAAUGUGUAAAGUGCUUGCAGAAUUUUUAAAUAUUGUUUCA